CAAUUUUCAAGAGAUUGAAUUUCUGGUAGAUUGAAGGCUGUAAUUGCUAGACCAUAUUCCAGUUGUGGCUGGACUAUCUGGGCAUGGAGACGUGUUGAAAGGAGGUAAUCAAACUUAUGUUAUAAAGACAAAUGAGAUAGCUAUGAGUGAAACUCAGGUUGAAGAAAUGGUUGAAGAAAUGGACCUCGAUGAAGAUCCUACAUUUAGAUAUGGUAAAUUGCUGUUAUUGGAUGGUGAUCGGAUCGUGCCUCAAGAAAUGGAAGUCGAUAUUGUUCCUGAGGAUAUACCACUUAUGCCUGAGGUUGAUGACAGUAACAAGGCUCUCUCUUACAAAGCCUAUUGCCUUGAGAAUAUCAAGAAAUUAAUCCACCUUAUGCAGGAAAAGGGCAGUUCUGCUACGAAUCACGCAAAGGCUUGCUUCAUUCCCCAUUCUACUGCAUAUGAAAUACUGAAGCAAUGGAACAAGAGCGAUGGAACUGUUAUUCCUGUAGGUUGCGUGAAACGACACUCCAAGAAUAACGGAACUCCCAAGACAAAUAAUGCCAAACUAACACAACAGCACACAUAG